AUGAAGGGUGGUGGGUUGAGAGCCCUGGUGAAGGGAAGUGUCCACCGUUCGGUAUGGAGAGAGUGAUUCUUCGUGAUGAAAUGCACUGAUAUGAAGCAGACUGGAAAUCGUCUGCAAAUCGGUAACCAAGAAGGAAUAGUCAAUAACGAAACAGCUAUCAAGAAUAUAUAUAUACAUAUAUAACAGGAAGCAAAGAAGGAGCAGGAGCCAAACGAAACACACAAAAGCAUAAAAAUCGAAAAGAGGAUGCACUUCUUCAUCUCCCUGGUCAUGGUCUUCCCCCUCGCCGCCUGGUGCGCUCCAAACCCACAGGGAGGCACAACACCCACUACAGCAACUACCAAACCUUCACCGUCCUCAUCGUCCUCACAAUCCCCAUCGCCCACUCCAGCUCGAAAUCUCGUACCCGUCGGAGCCGCAUUGACCACACAGGGAAAGCAAGAGGCUAUCCGGACAAGCUUCAUGAACCACGACAACGGGAACAUCUCGGCGACGGUAGAGUUCAAGUGCAACCCUACCCAGUCCUCUCCACAGCUCAAGGACGUUGAGGCCCUCUCCGGCCACUACCUCACCAAAUCCACACCCCUCAUCACCUUACCCAGCGGCGGCGGUGCAGGCAGCUGCGUGCCGCUCGAGGAGAAGAAAGAUGUCAGCGCCGCAAAGCUGGAGGCUUGCAGCAACGACACGAAGAUCAUGUAUCCUGAGGUCGGAAGGGUUCUGCAAAUGCUCCAGGGCUACUGUGCGAAAGAUAUCGAUGGCACCAAGUUCGUUGGCGGAUCCAUGGAGUUUACGGCUAUGGGGAAGGUGACUUUUAGCAUUAAGGUCAAUACGGCGUAG